CGUGUGGUUGUUGUAGUUGUAGAUUUUGCAUGUCAGUAAAUACAGUAGCUUGCUAGCUAGCACGCAUAUACAUUUGUAUCCAUGUAUAUUGUUAGAUAUUUAACUUUUAGUGGUGACAGUUAGGUUUUUGAUGUAUAGGGCUUUACUAAAGACGAAAAUCUCACUACAGAAAUGUCAAAUGAAUCAACAGCUCAUUAUCAGAUAAAAAGUCACAGUAGACAGGAAGUUAAUUAGCUAAGUAAUGAAUGUCAUAGUAAUGUGACAAAAACACAAGAUAUUAUUCUGUAGAGGGGUUCCCUUAAGUAUUUGUUGGCCAAAGUUGGAAAUGUUAAGUGGGCGUCCUCCAAUUAACCGGGAAACAUUGCCCUGAAAAGAAAACCACAUUUUUCCAAGUAAGCACACAGAAAGAGAGAGAGCCACAGGAGGGGAAAGGGAGCAAGGGACUUGGCAGAAGACAGGAGAAUAAAAGGCAGUGAGGUCUAUGUGAACAUCGGACCAGAGGAGUCAAGAGGAGUCCGCACUGGGUCGGUCACCAUGGGUGGUGUAUCAGGACCAGUUCUCCUGUGGCUGCAGGAUGUGUUAGGGGUAACUCUCCUUAGAGCCCGUCGGACUCUGCUGCAGGCUGCAAUCCUCUUCUGCGUUCUAGUGCUGCUGGUGUGGGUGGCCAUCUUCCUUUAUGGCAGCUUCUACUACUCCUACAUGCCCACCGUCAGCUUCUCUACACCGGUACACUAUCACUACAGUUCCGACUGUGACGUGUCAGAGUCAGUACUCUGCUCUUUCCCUGUGGCUAACAUCUCACUGCUGAAGAAUGGCAAAGACCAGGUUAUGAUCUAUGGUCAGCCAUACCGAAUCUCUUUAGAGCUGGAAAUGCCUGAGUCGCCAGUCAAUGAACAGCUUGGAAUGUUCAUGAUUAAGAUGACUUGCUACACCAAGGGCGGCCAGACAGUUGCAACGGUGGCACGCUCUGCUAUGCUGCACUACCGCUCUGGUCUUCUGCAGACCCUGAAUACUCUACUGUUCUCUCCUCUCCUGCUGACCGGGAUGACAGAGCAGAAGCAGCUCGUUGAGGUUGAGCUCUUCUCAGACUACAAGGCCAAUUCUUAUCAACCCACUGUUGGUGCUGUUAUUGAGAUCCAGUCUCGGCGGGUGCAGAUCUACUCCGCUCAGCUCAGGAUCCAUGCUUUCUUCACUGGCAUCAGAUAUGUCCUAUACAACUUUCCAGUGACGUCUGCUGUGAUUGGUGUGGCCAGCAACUUUGCCUUCCUCAGUGUCAUCGUCCUCUUUGGAUACCUACAGUUCAUAUGGGGGGGCCUUUGGCCUCCUGAGCAGUUCAGAGUGAAGGUUAUGAUGGGAGACACGACCCGCCUGCAAAGGAGAAGAGACGAGGCUCGAAAGCGCAUGUCCUUCACGCAGACUAAAAUGCCUCAGAAAGACAAUGACGGUCUGGUUGAGCAGUUGGAAGAACCUAGACAAGAAGAAUCUGUAAUAAAGAAAGGAGAGCUGGAAACCCCAGAUGUUAUUGGUUCUCUGAAAGAGGCCCCUUGUUUACCAGAACCUGAAACAGCCCUUCAGCUGUUGUCCGAUGAGCCGCCAGUGCUCUUGGAGGGUCUUCAAAUGAGCGUGACCAAUGUGAGUGAGGAGCCUGCUGAUCUGCAGGAUAGAGGUCCAGGAGCGGCCCUGUUGGAGGGAUCCCAGGUGCCUCAGCCAGGGGAAUCUACAUUGCGUCAGAGACAGGGACCCUGGAUGAGUCUCUGAACCAUGGAUGAUAGCUGGUACAUUUACAUGCAGAAUGGUCCCUCAAUGUGCCUUUCAUUGACAGGCAAAGAGAGAGAUUGACAAAGAUUUAUAGACUAAAGCUGGAUGAUUGACAGACUGUAUUACAGAAACGCACACUCGUACACAGACACAUGUUAAAAUAUCCUAUCAUUUUACUUUAAAAAUGGGUUUUUAUUAAUUUUGUCAAGUGUACUUCACCUAUCUUUACCUCAGCUUUACCUCACUUUUCAUUACAGCGUGUAACUACAGGGUUUUGUUCCGUCAGUCUUUAAGGACAGGAAUGUGGAAAGAAGGCUAUGCUAUUAGACUUGGAUUUGCUAAAUCCCAACUCUUGCAUGUCUUUCAGAGUAAUAAAAAUAAGCUAUGCAGUCUUUAAGUACUUCCUAGUAAUUCGCUAGCUUGCACCAUUUGAGCAAAGACAGUUGUUAAUCCUUUUUAUAAAUAUUAUUGAGCAAGUAUACCAGCAUAGCUGAUCUUUAGUGCCUGGGAUUGAGGCCUAUGCUUACUGUAGGAAGCAGAGCACCCUGAGAUGCAGAAUAUUGACCCUGCAGAUUACACUGGUACACUUGUAAAGUUUAAUUUCUUUUCUUUUUUUCAUUUUUUUUUAUGGUUGUUAAUUUUAAACACAAAGAACAUGCAUCAUGUUUACUCCUUUGCAAUAGAUGCAGUAUGUUUUAUGAUUUUACUUCAACUUUGUAGACCUUUUAGAUCUGUUACAGGGACCACCACAUAUUGAAAUCAAUUGAAUGUAAGUUAUUUGGUUCAAAACAUUUACAAGAGGUUUUACAUUGUAUUCCCAUAGGACAGCACUUAAAAGUAUUUAUUAAAACACUUAGUAUUUAACCAAAGUGGUUCUCAAUGUUACACCAUUUUUAAAUGUGUUUUUUCUUCUGUUCAUAGCUAAAUGUUUCAAGGAACAAUGAAGGAGGAAAAUAUGUAAUAAAUAAGAUUUGGUCUGUGAUAUUGUCAAAAUGUAUUGGGGAUGUUCAUUCAAAUAGGCAAUAAUACAAUAUAUGGAAUGUGUUUUGAACUGAGUAGAAAUACCAUGUGAAUAAAAGUUAUUUGAAACAUAA